AUGAAUAUUUCUCGAAGCAUGCUUUCCAGCAAACACGUUCCACGCACGUUUUGGCCGGAAGCUGUCAAUUGGACUGUGCAUAUCCUAAAUCGCAGCCCUACUCUUGCUGUGAAAAAUAAAACCCCGGAAGAAGCUUGGAGUGGGAUCAAACCUUCAGUUGAGUAUUUUCGUGUUUUUGGUUGCAUUGGAAAUGUUCAUGUUCCUGAUGCCAAGCGAACUAAGCUCGAUAACAAGAGUUUUCCUUGUGUUUCGCUUGGUGUCAGUGACGUAUCCAAAGCAUAUCGACUAUAUGAUCCAGUUUCCAAAAGAAUCAUCAUUAGCAGGGAUGUUGUUUUUGAAGAAGAUAAGGCUUGGAAUUGGCACACCAAUUCUGAACCAUCAACAAUGUAUGAAUUGGAGGUGGAGGAAGAAAAUGAUGAUGGCAGCAACAAUUCUGAUAUUCUUGAGCCCACAAAUGUUGAUCAAUCUUCCCCACAUGCUGAUAAUAAUGAAUCUACUCGUAGUACAUCAGCUCCAAUUGAAUCAUCCACAAGUUAUCCAUUGCGAGAUCGUCGCCGACCAGCUUGGAUGGAGGAUUUUGUUAUUGGUGAGGGUCUUUCGGAUGAUUAA